AAAACUAUUCAUUGCUUCAUAGACCACCACAGAUCCUGACUGAAGACAGAUCCUUAUUCUUCUCUCCCUCAAGAUUUCAGGCUGUAUCAAUGGAGUCUCUCUCGGUGUCAACCAACAGCUUCACUCUGGACCUUUACAAAAAGCUGAAUGAAACUUCCAGAGGCCAAAACAUUUUCUUCUCUCCUUGGAGUAUUGCAACUGCUCUCGCCAUGGUCUACCUGGGUGCAAAAGGUGACACUGCAACCCAGAUGGCUGAGGUUCUUCAUUUUAACCAGGCUGCAAGAGAAGAAAGCUCAUCUGGGACAACAAGGCCUUCUCUGGGGAGUCCAAAGAGAAGAAAGAUGGAUCCUGAGCACAAGCAAGCUGAAAACAUCCACUCUGGCUUCAAAGAGCUGCUGUCUGCCUUGAACAAACCCAGAAGUACCUACUUGCUUAAGAGUGCCAAUCGACUGUAUGAGGAAAAGACCUACCCAUUACUGCCCAAAUUCUUACAGCUCAUUACAAGCUAUUACAACGCAAAGCCACAAGCUGUAAACUUUAAGACAGCUGCAGAACAAGCCAGAGCACAAAUCAAUUCUUGGGUUGAAAAUGAAACUGAGAGGAAAAUACAGGGUUUGCUGCCUGCAGGAUCUCUCAAUUCUCGCACUGUGUUGGUCUUAGUAAAUGCCAUUUAUUUCAGAGGAAAUUGGGAAAAGAAAUUUCUGGAGAAAAAUACUUCUGAGACACCCUUCAGAGUGAGCAAGACCAAGACUAAACUGGUACAGAUGAUGUUUCUGAGAGAUACAUUUUUGAUACUCCAUGAAACAACCAUGAAAUUCAAAAUCAUUGAGCUGCCAUACGUGGAAAAUGAACUGAGCAUGUUUGUCCUCCUACCAGAUGACAUCAAUGAUAACACUACUGGUCUGGAGCUGGUAGAAAGAGAGCUGACCUAUGAGAAAUUGGCUGAAUGGACCAAAUCGGCCAAUAUGAUGAAAGCUGAAGUGGAUCUGUACCUGCCCAAGCUCAAGGUGGAAGAGAAUUAUGACCUUAAAUCCACUUUGAGCAGCAUGGGAAUACAAAAUGCUUUUGACCCCCUUCAGGCUGAUUUCACAGGGAUGUCAGUGAAGAAGGACCUUUUCAUCUCAAAAGUUAUUCACAAAGCUUUUGUGGAGGUCAACGAAGAAGGUACUGAGGCAGCAGCUGCCACAGGUGUUCUGGUGAUGAGAUCAAAAGCACCAAGAAUGACUUUUAAAGCUGACCACCCUUUUCUCUUCUUCAUCAGACACAACAAAUCACAAACCAUUCUCUUCUAUGGCAGACUCUGCUCACCCUAUGGGCGGUGGCUGGCCGCCAUUUUGGCCGGUGCGGUCGCGGCGCUUGCCCGUUGGCCGCUGCGAAUAAGGAAGCGCCGUAGCCUCCGGCUCAAUCCCGGGGCGCGGCUGAGGAGGGGCCGAGCUGCCGGCCUUUCCCCCGGCUCCGCGGCGCUUCCGGGAGGAGGGAAGCGCGGCGGCCGGUGGGGAACCAUGGAUAGCCUCUGUGCAGCAAAUACUGCUUUUGCGCUCGACCUCUUAAGAAAGCUGUGUGAGAACAGAAGUGGGCAGAAUCUGUUCUUUUCUCCUUUUAGUAUUUCUUCUGCAUUGUCUAUGGUUUUGCUGGGUUCAAAAGGUGACACUGGAGCCCAAAUAGUAAAGGUGCUUUCUCUGAAAAAGGCUGAGGAUGCUCACAAUGGGUAUCAGUCACUUCUCUCUGAAAUUAAUGAUCCAAACACCAAAUAUAUACUGAGAACUGCUAACCGACUUUAUGGAGAAAAGACAUUUGAGUUUCUCUCAUCCUUUGUAGAGUUGAGUAAAAAAUCCUACCAUGCUGGACUAGAAAAGACUGACUUCAUGCGUGCGUGGGAGGAUUCCAGAAAACAAAUAAAUGGCUGGGUAGAGGAAAGGACUGAAGGUAAAAUUCAGAACCUGUUGGCAGAGGGCAUUCUCGAUUCACUGACCAGACUUGUGUUGGUGAAUGCCAUCUAUUUCAAAGGCAACUGGGCAAAGCAGUUUGACAAAGAGAGGACAGCAGAAGUGCCAUUUCAAAUAAACAAGGAAGAGACCAGACCUGUGCAGAUGAUGUGCAGGAAGGAUAAGUUUAACAUGGCCUAUAUUUGGGACUUGCAGACCAAAAUCCUUGAGCUCCCUUAUGUUGGUAAUGAACUCAGCAUGAUUAUCCUGCUCCCUGAUGCAAUUCAGGAUGGGUCCACUGGCUUGGAAAGUCUGGAAAGAGAACUCACAUAUGAGAAGGUGACAGAUUGGCUCAAUCCACAAGCAAUGGAAUGCACAGAGGUGAAAGUGUCUUUACCCAGAUUUAAACUGGAAGAAAAUUAUGAUCUGAAACCCCUCCUGAGCAGCAUGGGAAUGCCUGAUGCGUUUGAUUUAGGGAAGGCAGACUUCUCAGGGAUUUCAUCUGGCAAUGAGCUGGUGCUUUCAGAAGUCAUUCACAAGUCCUUUGUGGAAGUCAAUGAAGAAGGCACUGAAGCAGCAGCUGCCACAGCAGGAGUGAUGAUGAUGCGCUGUGCGAUGAUUGUUGAAGACUUCAUUGCAGAUCAUCCCUUCCUUUUCUUCAUCCGGCACAACAAAACUUCCACCAUUUUGUUCUGUGGGAGAUUUUGUUCUCCCUAGAAAGAAGAUGUCUUGGCUGCCAUUACACAGUAACUUUCUGUUUCUUUGGAAUAGGGCUACUCUUUUUGCACUAAUUGCCUCUUUCAGCUGUGCCUGAGUCCAGUUCUGUGGUCUUCAUCUCAGGCUUGAUAGUAUAAGGGAGCUACUUAGACACAUGGAGUCAAUGCCAUCUAAAUCAACUCUUAGCUGGUGCACCUCAGCGCAGAGAUGUCUUCACUUCUUGCUGACACAAGAAACAUCCCACUGGCUCAGCCAGUGCUUCCUCUCUCCUUGCAGAUCCCAUUUCGGCUUUACUUUCUGUGGCUACCUGGUAGAGUUGGGCAUUGACUUCCCACUGGAAAAGAAGGUGUUAAUUUGGUUCUGACAAGGCUGGAGCAUGUCUUCAGCUCCCCUCCCCCUUUUUCCUCCCAUCCCCUGUCUUUUCUUUUUCUUCCAAACUCAUCCACUUAAUCUCUUGAUACAUUCCCUAGAGAUGAAAGGAGCCUUUAGCAGUCUGUUCCAAGUGUUGCUAAGCAACCUGAUGAAAUAGGGGUUUUGGAUAAUAACUGGACAAGCACUUAGGCAAGAAUGGGAAUAAAAAUAUGGCUUUGUACCAGGUGUCCUUGUAGGGUAAUCAUGGAGUGAGAAGUGUUUUAUCAGCAGAGGACACCCGAGUUUAUUACCUAUCAGCUGGUUCUAGUCCUUUAAAGAAUGUAAUGAAAAAGCAUAUGGUGCCUAUGCAAUAUUUGAAUAACAAAGACUUUCUGCUGUGAUAGAUCUUUCCUGUUCAUUGUUUCUUAAACAUUUUAAUGCAACUGCAUAAUACCAAAGAUAUAGCUGAAAUAGCUUUCCUAAUAGUUUUGUUUUGCUGUUUCUAUUCCUAAAAUAAUAAAAGAACUUGAAGUGGUGUGA